AUGCCUGCUCUGGAGGUCCCAGUUGAAGCACAGAACUGCGUGCAAGCUCCUUUGGUUCCAGCCCUGGAGGUUGAUGGCAGGGGUGGGGGAAACAGUAGUGAGGCAGAAGAACUGGAAGAGCUCCUUCAGGUCCGGUGUCCCCGGAUCCCCUGCAGGCAGGAUGGAGGCCUUCCAGGCCGCCUGGUGCCUGCUUGUCUGUGCACCUCAGAGCCGGGUUGUUCUUCUCUUCUAGAUUAUUUAUGCAAACCAGAAGACAACAUUUACAACAUUGACUUUACCAGGUUCAAGAUCCGGGACCUUGAAACUGGAACAGUGCUUUUUGAAAUUGCAAAGCCAUCUGCUUCAGAGCAAGAUGAAGAGGACGAAGAUGACAACAGUGAGCUAGAUGCCAGUGCAGGCCGCUUUGUUCGUUACCAGUUCACCCCGGCGUUUCUCCGUCUUCGGACUGUUGGUGCAACAGUGGAAUUCACAGUGGGAGAAAAGCCAGUGUCAAACUUUCGAAUGAUUGAGAGACAUUACUUCCGAGAUCGCUUACUGAAGAACUUUGACUUUGAUUUUGGGUUCUGCAUCCCCAGUAGCAGGAACACAUGCGAACACAUCUAUGAAUUUCCUCAGCUCUCAGAAGACCUUAUCCGUCUGAUGGUUGAAAAUCCAUACGAGACUCGCUCAGACAGCUUUUACUUUGUGGACAACAAGUUGAUCAUGCACAACAAGGCCGACUAUGCUUACAAUGGAGGACAGUAACUGUUAUAUGUCCACUGGAUGCUGUGCUACUGCUAACCGUUCCGGAUGGCCAGGAGGGGACCGGAGUUACUGUCUCAUGCAGCAAGGCAUCUUGCCAAACCUUUUCUCCUUGCAUGAGACUGAAGAAAAGAAGGCAGCUCAUGAAAGUAAAGGAAAUCUCCCUAUAACACUUCCCUAUCCGACAUUCCUAUGUACCUUGCCUCUGUCUUUCUCCGUUCCUGGUUACCUUCUGGUACCUUGGUUAGGUUAUGGAUCGGAGGCUCUGUUAGAAGAUUAUUGCUGUUACUUUUUCUUAUAGUUAGGUUGCACUUUUAGUGCUUCUGAUGUUUCACCGAUUGGGUGACUGACUACCCUCUUACAAGAGGUCAGAUUGUUUCAGUAAGCUAUUUCUUAGCAGGAAAAUUUGCCCCCUUCAGUUAGCCAGUGAAGCCUGAAGAGCAGCUCUCUUCUCCAGUUGGAUAGAUCAUCUCUUCACUGCGUAGUGGUUUAGUCUGUAGCAUGGCUGGGUUUGCUUUGUAGGGUGCAUCUUUAUAUUCCCUGGUGGAAAGUUAAAAUAAGAGACUAAUUCAGCUUCUGAGCAGCACAGGAAUCUUCCUUCUGCUUCCAGGGGCCUGAACUACUCCUGGGAACUGCUUAAUCUCUACCUUGCCAGAGAUUUCACUAGAGAUGCAAGAUAAGAGCAAGGGAAACUUAUCCAGUUUGUUCAUCAAGUCAGUCUGACAGCAUUUCUGUUUGAGCUCAUGUGAGCAAAUUGUUGAAUUACGGAGCUUGGGGUCAACUUCAGAGCUGAAGUCAAUUCACUUUAUUCACCGUUUCUCCUGCUUACUGUUGUGUAGGAUUUUUGGCGCUUGUUACAGAAUGUAUUGUCUUUGGGCUGCCAGCACGUUGUCAGUCUAGCUGAGGGGAGGGAUGGGGUGUCGAUCUAGUGCACUCGGAGGAAAAAGGGAGAACGUGGAAAAUGACCUGAGGAGUGUGUGGGAAGCUGAGCUUCCUAGGCUUCAGUCGCUGUAUAUCUUUAAACCUUUUAGACCUGAAUGAUCUGUCAGAGGUGCUGGCAGGAGAGAUGAUGGUGUUACUUGCUUUGUUUUACUUCAGCUAUAAUGUAUUGGCUAAAAGCUGCCCAAGUCAAAUUUGUUCAGAUGGUGUUAUGGAGUGGGAUUCUUAUGAACAAAAAGUGAGAAUUGGUCAAGUUCCUGUCACUGCUUUGCCUACUUACCUGCAUAUUUAUGGUUUCGGAAGUUCUUCCUCCGAAUUAGUUACCCACUAGACCAAAGAGUGUAUUUCACAACUGUUUUUGGUAGCUGGCAGUAGUGAGGGAAGAGUGUCAUGCCCAGGGAAGGGGAGGUCUGUGUCUUUCCAGCAGCCAUGCUGGGGCCCAGCUUCUGCCCGUGCAAAUCUGAGCUGAGAAAGCCCUUCUCUGCAUGUUUUGCUGGCUGCGGAGACUGUCAUUUUUCCUGUCCCCUCCCUGGGCUGAUCAGUCAUGGCUAUCGUAGAUGAGAGUUAGCUUGUGUCUAGACUAGAGACAUUUGCUAGUAUUAGUUCCACUUAUUCCCUGAGACAGUUGAAACCCAACUCCUUGGUGGAUAUAGUUGGUUGGUUGCUGUUGUGUUAAGUCAAGUUCAAAGCAGAUUAUGUUUUAGCAGGACUGAGUGGGGUGGACGUUACAGCCUGGAGCCUGUUAGCGCCUACACAGCAAUAGGAAGCCACUGCCUUCACCUGGCAAACAAGUAAUGUUAACUUUGGCGUAGAGGAUCUGCUGGCAUCAGAGUAGGCAGCGAGAGUUUGUGGGGUGGCAACCAUGAAAGAAUCUCCAGCUCUUGGGAAGGAUGUUUAAUUAUGAUUAACCACAACAAAUGACCUGUUUUGGGAGGAGCAUUAAUCAUGAGCAACCACAGCAAAUGUCUUGGGAAUGUGGAGGGGCAAGGUCUGUGUGGUUGAAAGAAGAACGCUUCUGCUGCCAUGAAUCCCCUCCAGCAUCGCCAAAGGCACUUAAGCAAUCUUGUGUAGUUAUUUCAGAAUUAGUAAAGGUGCUGUAAGCUGGAGCUCAAGAGGCUUCUUGCUGCGAUCGUCUUCAGAAGGCCUUGUGUCAUGCCGUUGCGAUGGGGAAACUUUUGUUGUGCUGAAAGAGCAGGUAGUUACUUGUGACAAGGCAGAACUGCCCAGAAAUGUGUUUCCCAUCCUGAACUUCAGAGGUGCUCAGGAUGAAAGUGUCUGAAGAGGCUGAUAGUUAUUCCCGGGCAGACUGUAGAGUGUUGAGCUGAAACUGUGUGUAGUGUAAACCCAGGUGCCUUGAAACGUUACUUUUGUCUCAUUUUCUGUAUGAAGCAACCUCCUCUGGCAUUUUCUUGAAACUCUGACAGUUCCCAUCUGUUUCCUAUGUCGCUGAGCACAGAUACUUAAAAGGAAGAUGCGCUGCUGCCAGAGUGAGCAGCAGAAAUUGCUCUACUGGCGAAUACCAACUUGUGUAAGCUGCUAGUGCUAGUCGGUGUGCCGCUCUGCACAGUUGGGAGUGCUUGGUAAGCGUGCGGGUGCCAUCUAGCCGCUGCUUUGCAGAAUGCGACUGACCCGCAUGAGAACACUCUUCUAAACAUAAAUGAGGCAUCUGAUGCUAUAGGCAAGUGGAUUCCUGUCUUACAUAGCCAUUACCUCUCUUGGUAGUGAUGAGAAGAAAUCAUCGAAUCAGUUGCUUUCCCACCAGUGAAUGUAUAAUCUAUUCAGCAAUAAGAAAAGCAAAACUGGAGGAAAAACAUAACAAGACUUACAGGCAGGCCAGCAUUAGCAUGCCUAAGACAGUUUCGAAAUGAAGUUGUUUGCUUUGCCAAAGAGAGUCUUUGCCCAGAAAAGCAUGCUGCAGAAAACAAAUCCCUACAAGAGGGCGACCUGGCUCUAGAAAAGAGUUGAUUGUAAUCCAGAAAGUCAGGGACUUCUGGACUCUUGCCCCCACUUCGGCCACUUCCUUAGGGUUCCUCUUCUCUUUGAUGCCUUCUGUGAAGUCUCUUCCCUUUGAGGCUGAGAUGAUGGCUUUGGUAAACAUGGUUUAAUAGAUCACUUUCUUCCUUCUGGUUUGUGUGUUCCGAUGCUUUGGAUCGAAGCUACUCAAGCCAUUGGGCUAGGAAGAAAUUCAGAUGGGAUCCACUCCUUGUCAAGUGGAUGGUCUGGUCUGUUCCUAGCCAGCCGCUCAAAGGAGCCACUUUGUGUCGGUUUGAGCAAGAGACGGGGUAUCUGUAUAGAGAGCCUCUCUGGGAUCAUGUGUGGAAAGAGGAAAGAGAUUAUA